AUGGAUGACAUCAGUCAUGCAAGGUACGUUCGCUGCAAAAACGACCUCAGGCGACUCACCCGAAACCUGCGCAAAGACUUCGAAAGGAGACUGGCCUCCAACCUGAAAGAAAAUCCCAAGGGUUUUUGGCGAUACGCUGGCUCCAGGAUGAAGACUACAAGCGGAGUUGAGAACUUACGCUCUGCGGACGGCACCCUAACUACGAACGACUGCGAGAAAGCGACGACACUGAACGACUUUUUUAAUUCAGUCUGCGUCAUGGAACCCCCCGGAGAAAUCCCGGAGCCGAACAACACCUACCACGGUCCAGCUGUCACUGACAUCGAUCUCACCGUGGAACUCGUGAGAAAGAAGACGGCUGCCCUACGACCUUUUUCCGCCGCGGGCCCAGAUGGAGUGCACCCACGGAUCAUCAAGGAAACAGCCGACUCGUUAGCAAGCACGCUUACCUCCAUCUACCGAUCGUCAUUGGACACGGGGACCCUGCCGCAGGACUGGAAACUGGCAGAUGUGGUUCCAAUCUACAAGAAAGGAAGUAAAGAUGAACCAGGGAACUACAGGCCAGAGGACCUGGACGCGGCACUUCACUGGGCAGACAGGUGGCAGCUGGCAUUCAACCCUGGAAAGUGCAAGGUGCUCCACAUCGGCGGAGGCAGCCAGCACCACACAUACCGGAUGGGGGGAACUACAGUCGCGGAGUCGGAUGUCGAGAGAGACCUUGGCGUCCUCAUGGAUACCCAGCUCAAAUUCCGGAAGCAGGCUGCUGCGGCCCGUCUGAAAGUGCUGCAGCUACCAACGCUGUACUACAGACGGAAGCGUGGAGAUAUGAUCGCGGUUUAUCAGCUGCUCCGCGGUGGACUGGACAUGGACCCUCGCAACUUCUUCGAGAUGGCAGCCGACAGAACUCCUGCUACAAGAGGACACCAAUGGAGACUAGCCAAGCCGCGAGCGGUCUCCAGGAUCCGGCGCAACGCGUUCUCCAUCCGGGUCAUCAACGACUGGAACAGCCUACCUCCUCUCAUGAACCCGAUUGGCACCUAUCAAGGAUCCGCCCUCGGGCCAUUGCUCUACAACAUCUACUCCAACGAUCUGCCACUGCACGUAGACGGCGGCCCAACGGAGAUGAUCGCCUACGCCGACGACGUCCAGCUGUUUGUCACGGGACAGCCGA